AGUUUUUUGUUUGUUUUCAACAACCUUAUUAUUAAAUUAAAUGAUAUUAAGGGAUGGAGAGAGAAAACGCGAGGCCCGUUUUCCCGUGGUACAAGGAGAGGUUGCAGACCAAGUAUCUUAAGGCCCCGGCAAACAGGAAUUCCUCGGUCGGCACGUGUUCCCGUUUUGCGUCCGUGAGCCUCGAUGACUUCAGUGAUUGCUCGUCAGUCUUCUCCGGAGACAGGGGAGGUGUCUCGCCGGUCAUUUUCCACGACGCUCCAAAACACAACGCCACCAACUCCGGUCAAAAGCCGAGAAAGUGCACUUCCAAAGAGCACGCUUGCUUUUCAAAGCAGAUGAUCCGAAAGCAGAUGCGCAGAGAACACGUGGCCGCCGUGGAGAAGGAACUCAAACAGCAUCCUCUGGCUAUGUUCCCGCACUACAAGGAUCACAUGACCCCGGAGUUAUUUGAUGAGGUGGUAUCCAUUUUGGACCCGGACAUGAGCGUAAGCGGCGCCUCAGGCCUUCCUACGGCGCCAGGUGACCACGCGGAGGAGGAAAAUGAAGAAAACCACACAGAGCCAACAGCCACGGUGACCAGAGACCCUCGUAUUCUACACAAGAACGGAGACGGUAUCAAAAAGGGCCGGACGGUGAAAGGGAAUCCACUGAAAGGGAAUCCACUAAAAGGGAAUCCACUGAAAGGGAAUCCACUAAAAGGGAAUCCACUGAAAGGGAAUCCACUAAAAGGGAAUCCACUGAAAGGGAAUCCACUAAAAGGGAAUCCAUUGGGCACCCACAGGGACAUGAAAGUACCCGCCAAACCUUCCGGCAGGCGGUUUUCCUUUCCGGACAAAAAGACCAAUGUGAGCGAAUAUGCAAUUAUUGGCGUUCAAGACACUUCAUCGCCAUCUUUCCCCACUGAGGUGGAAGAAGUAAAGACUUCCUCGGGCCAAGAAUGAAAUCCUGUCACGGGCCCCAAAGUCUCUUUAUUAUUGAUGGCUUUGUAUGAUAAAAAUCCAAGAACACAUACAGUUAGAGACCCACGCAACACGCCCAAGGAGCUUUAGUUAUGACCAGUCACAUGACGAGAUGAGGACGAUGUGAAACCUUUGGUUUGAUGACUGAACGAGGAGCUGAAACAGAUGAAACCGUAGUAGCUAUGAGGAGUUAUGUAAUCCACAAUGUACGAAGGCUAAAAAGGCAAGAAGGGAUUUCACAAGACCUGCAUGUGUUUCACAGCAUUUGUAUAUCGGAAACGCUCUUUAAAGCCACACUGCAACGAAGAAAGCAAAAGGAGAAGUGUCUUAAAUGUGUUUCGGUAUACGAGGUGACAUUAAGGACGCUGAAGCUCUGUGUGCACGUUUAAUGGAACUUAACUUGAACAUCCAAUAAAGAUGCGACGGUCUUAUUUGUAUCAAGCUUGUCAUACUGUUCUGUGUGCACCACCAAAUAUUCAAAUAUACGAUACAGAUUUUGUUUGUUUUUCGGCAUGAUUACUGGUGUUAAUUAACAACUCAAACACAUGA